CGCCCCUCCAGUCUGGGGCUCCGGGUAAAGUUUCAGCCACCGCACGUGACUCGCCAUGGCCGCUGCCUUCGCCCCGCGCCCCUGAGCCGCGGCCCCCCAGACGGCUCCUCUCUGGGACCCCCACCCUUGACGCCGAGCAGCACCAAGGCUCAGGGUCUGGGCAGAAGCCGUGCUCGCGGGCUCCCCGGAAGAAUUGCUACCCCCGGAUGCGAGCAUCGCAGGACAUGGCCCCCCCAGCCGCCUAGCCGGGGCCCAUCUAGGAGAGGCAUCCUUUUCAGCGUCCUGAAGGCCAGCUCUGGACCUUCCCAGGAAAGUGCCAGCUCACAGAACAGCUUGACCAAAGGACCAGCUCUUGGGACGGCCCUAAACCAACCUGGCCCCCAGCUAGAGUGGGGUCUCCAGGAGGCUGCGGUUAGCCUGCUGGUCUUGGACAGCAGCUCCAGGACAGAAGGGGGGGUGGGUUGACCACCCAAACCCCCUCUGGGCCCAGGCCCUAUGCCUCGAGGAGGGGCAGCCUGAAGCCCUACGGAGCUUCCCGCUGGAGCUUCCCGCCAGACUGUCUGCCUGCUUCUGACUCUGCUGCUUGGCAUGGCCAGUAACAGCAGCUCCUGCCCAACACCUGGGGGAGGGCACCUCAGUGGGUACCCAGUGCCCCCCUACGCCUUCUUCUUUCCCCCUAUGCUGGGUGGACUCUCCCCACCAGGAGCUCUGACCUCUCUCCAGCACCAGCUUCCAGUUAGCGGCUAUAGCACGCCAUCCCCAGCCACCAUUGAGACCCAGAGCAGCAGUUCCGAGGAGAUAGUGCCCAGCCCUCCCUCACCGCCCCCCCUCCCCCGCAUCUACAAGCCUUGCUUUGUCUGUCAAGACAAAUCCUCAGGCUACCACUAUGGGGUCAGCGCCUGUGAGGGCUGCAAGGGCUUCUUCCGCCGCAGCAUCCAGAAGAACAUGGUGUACACAUGUCACCGGGACAAGAACUGCAUCAUCAACAAGGUGACCCGGAACCGCUGCCAGUACUGCCGGCUGCAGAAGUGCUUCGAAGUGGGCAUGUCCAAGGAGUCUGUGAGGAAUGACCGGAAUAAGAAGAAGAAGGAAGCCCCUAGGCCAGAGUGCUCCGAGAGCUACACGUUGACAGCCGAGGCAGGGGAGCUCAUCGAGAAGGUGCGCAAGGCGCACCAGGAAACCUUCCCCGCUCUCUGCCAGCUGGGCAAAUACACUACGAACAACAGCUCAGAGCAGCGUGUUUCUCUGGACAUUGACCUCUGGGACAAGUUCAGUGAACUCUCCACCAAGUGCAUCAUUAAGACUGUGGAGUUUGCCAAGCAGCUGCCCGGCUUCACCACCCUCACCAUUGCUGACCAGAUCACCCUUCUCAAGGCUGCCUGCCUGGACAUCUUGAUCCUGCGGAUCUGUACGCGGUACACGCCCGAACAGGACACAAUGACCUUCUCAGAUGGGCUGACCCUGAAUCGGACCCAGAUGCACAAUGCCGGCUUUGGCCCCCUCACGGACCUGGUCUUUGCUUUCGCCAACCAGCUGCUGCCCCUGGAGAUGGAUGAUGCUGAGACUGGGCUGCUCAGUGCCAUCUGCCUCAUCUGUGGAGACCGGCAGGACCUGGAGCAGCCCGACAGGGUGGACCUGCUGCAGGAGCCGCUGCUUGAGGCGCUGAAGGUCUACGUGCGGAAACGGAGGCCCAGCCGCCCCCACAUGUUCCCCAAGAUGCUGAUGAAGAUCACAGACCUGCGGAGCAUCAGCGCCAAGGGGGCCGAGCGGGUAAUCACGCUGAAGAUGGAGAUCCCAGGCUCCAUGCCACCUCUCAUCCAGGAAAUGCUGGAGAACUCCGAGGGCCUGGACACUCUGAGCGGACAGCCGGGGGGCGGGGGGCGGGAUGGGGGUGGCCUGGCCCCCCCACCCGGCAGCUGUAGCCCCAGCCUCAGCCCCAGCUCAAACAGAAGUAGCCCAGCCACCCACUCCCCGUGACUGCCCGUGCCCAUGGACACAGCCUUUGGCCCACGCCCUGGUUUUUCUCUGCCUUUCUACCAAUGAUGUGACCCCCACCAGCCCUGCCCCCACCUGUUCUUCCUUCCCUGGGGGGCAGGAGGGAGGAGGCGGCGACUCUUCGGGACAGAGGCCUGGGCCUGAGAUGGACUGCCUGCCUCUGCAGCCCGGCUGCCCUCAGGGGCAGGGCUGUGAACUGAGUGAGGACCCCUGGUUCUGGGCCUUGGAUGGGGCCUGGAGGCCUCUGCUCAUCAAGACAUCCUGCCCAUGUCUCCACAUCUUCAUCACCAGCAAAUGCCAGGACCUGGCUCCCCCAUCCUCAGAACUCACAAGCCAUUGCCCCCCGGUUGGGGAUUCCCCCCUGCCUCGGUUGGUGACAGAGGGGGUGGGCCAGGGCUGGGGGUUCUCCCUGUACAUACCCUGCCAUACCAACCCCCAGGUAUUCUCGCUGGUUUGUUUUUAAUUUUUUUGUUUUGAUUUUUUUUAAUAAGAAUUUUCAUUUUAAGCACA